GUGACUGGCUGCACUCUUGCCUACCACUAAUAGCAGCGAGAAAGAAGCCUCGCGCGAUGCUUCACGUUGGCGUCCCUCGUCUGCGCUAGACUGUAAUCGAGGGCGCGCCAGUCUCGCCGGCUCAUGGCGACCCAUCGCCUUACCACGGAUCUGUAUGCGCCCAUCACGCUCACCUCUUGCCAGAUCAAGGUUUCGAGAUCAAGGUUUCGGGCGUGCGUCGCUGGUCAGAAACUUUACAGCAUGGAGGUGACAACACCAGCCACGCUCGCCGCAAUGGUUUACCUAUACAGUAGCCUGCUUCAGAAUGAGCGCUCAAACCCACCCUCCAACGCCAGCGGCGUAAAGCGCUAAUUGCGCCGAGGGAAACUGGCUGAGCGGGAGUCGGCCAAAACCAGGGCCAAUACAUGCAUCGGGCGGUGUCUUUUGACUUUCUUUUGCCUCCCGAUCACCAUCGCAGAAAUUGCUUGCCACAUGCGCACACAGAUGGCGGCCACUCGGUCUGCUGCUCCCUAUCAACCACUCCUGGGUACGCUUGCGUUGCGCACGGCACCACGAUCUCGACGCCUAACCGUUGGACCCGCGAAUUCACGCGGUUGCAUCCGCUCAGGCACGCACUUGGUUCCUGAUCAGGUUGCCACGCUUCCUUUAACUCCAUACUUUGCAAAUCUUGGAUGCAGACUCGAUAUCCGCCUGGACCUUGCGUCCAGCAUCCGCCCCUGACGCCAAGCACGCUGCCGCCCGGUGUUCCAAGGUAAGCGGAGUGGCAAGUGGGGACGCCAGCGAUGAUGAGAUCCGGCCGACGCUGGCUUGCGAUUGUACAGGCACGCAGUGCAUCUGCAAGGAUGCUUCUGCAGCUCGCAAUCUCGCUGCAAAAGAAGGUUCCGACUCGACGUCUAUAAAGAUGGCGUGCAAACUCCCAGCUCGACUCAUUUCUCUUCACUCAUCAUCAACUUCAUCCAAGCGAUUCAUCUCUACGAAUUGACCGGCCUCAAUUCACGAGCAACCUUGAAGAACGACUGGUCUCGUUCCGCGCCAACACAGCCGUCUUUAAGCGCCAAUACCGUCGACACCCUGAUCGAGCUGGCCUCUACCGGCGUCGACUACAUCAAACCUACGCCCGCUCUGCAGCGCAUUGCAUUGGCAUCUGAUAGCAUCAUAUAGUAAAUCAUAGCAAAGUUCAGUUCUUGUAUUCUGAACCAGCCGCAUUAGAUCUCAAAGACUACAUAAUUUCACUUCACAAACCGUGGACAGCAG